AUGUUUCAGCUCAUGCUCAUGUCCAUUGCCCCCAUUAUCUUUUCCAAUGACCAUUGGAUCCAGUACAUCACUGGCCAACCAGUCGAGUGGAUCCCUGCGCAUCAUACGCGACUUCUCCACCCAAACACCCUCCUCCGUCCUCUGCGGUCCGAGUUGGGUGCUCACUGCAUGCAGCAAUGGAGAGAGGCGCAAUGGCAGGGACACCUGCUGGAUAUACUCGAAGCCCUUCAGCAGCUUGAUGGUUUCUACCCCAGACGACUCGUCCGUCUUGCGGCUUCACGCCGUCGACGGCGGGGUUUCGAUGCUAGCGGUGUUCUGACAGUGAACACUAACGGAAUCAAGCAGAACGGUCAUCUUCUCAUUGAGAACCUGCUAUCCAGACACUCAUUCUCGUGUCUCCAAGAAGCCAAGUUCGGUGACGCCACCCGUCUUUCGACAUUCAAGAUCCACCUUGACUCCAGCCUCGACCACAAAGUAUUCGUCAAUGACCCUAACUCCCAUCAACACCGGCCGACACGGGAGAGGAGCAACGGGGUCGUCAUUGUGCUUCGCUCUGAAUUUCCGGGUUUCAAUUCAGCGGUUGUAGUCAGCCGUCUCUCCGUCACUGGGCGCUAUCUCGUCGUGCGAGUGCUGGUCGAUGGUUUUCCACUCCACCUUCACAACGUAUACGCACCUAUCGACCGCCAGGAGAAAUGUCAGUUCUUCUCGGGUUUGGUCACGGAGGAGUUUGAAGACCACGCGACCCAUAUUGUGUUGGAAGACCUCAAUACCCCCUUGGAUCCUAGGCUUGACUCGUCCACUCCUGACUUGCGCUAUGACCCGGGUCGGUCCAGCUGUCUUGAACGGAUGGCCAAACUCGGGGUCGUCGACACUUGGAUGAUCCACUUUGACACUUAA